CUUCUUUCUUUCUUUUUCGUUGAAGUUGAGCGUGGCAACGUGUCGGACGGUCGUCUCGGUUUGAACAAUCUGUUGAAAAUUAGUAAAUAAUUUAGUAAAAAAAAUACAUUCAACAUGAAAAUCUACAAGGAUAUUAUCACUGGCGACGAAAUGUUUGCUGAUACCUAUAAAAUGAAGUUGGUGGAUGAGGUCAUAUAUGAAGUCUACGGCAGACUCGUUUCACGUACCGAAGGUGACAUACAAAUUGAAGGUUUCAAUCCAUCAGCUGAAGAAGCCGACGAAGGUACCGAUUCUAAUGUUCAAACCGGCGUUGACGUUAUCCUAAACCAUCGUUUGCAAGAAUGUUUUGCUUUUGGUGACAAAAAAUCUUUCACAUUAUAUCUUAAAGAUUACAUGAAAAAAGUCCUAGCCAAAUUAGAAGAACGCGCACCUGAUCAAGUUGAUGUGUUCAAAACAAAUAUGAACAAAGUUGUAAAGGAGAUUAUGGGACGCUUCAAAGACUUGCAAUUCUUCACUGGCGAAUCGAUGGAUUGUGAUGGCAUGGUUGCUAUGUGUGAAUAUCGGGAAAUUAACGGCGAAAGUGUACCAGUACUAAUGUUUUUUAAACAUGGUUUGGAUGAGGAGAAGUGUUAAUUUAAUUUAAAUUAUGUAUCAUUUAAUGCAGUAAAUCAAUUAGUUUAAUUUGCUCUUUUUAUUUUGGAAACCUUUUAUUAUAAAUAUGACUAAAUUUAAAAUCAUUUAAUAUUAUGUAAACGAAAUUUGUAAUAAUUAAGAAUUUUUGUAUACUUCUCCGCUCUAUAUUAUUGCCUGAGUCGUCGACCAAUUUAUAUUGUAAUUAAUUAAAUCAGGAACAUCAACAUACUCAGAUCAAUUGUAACUGAAUUCUUUUGUAUUGUAUUUACUAGUUAACAUUAUCAACAGCAAUUGUACAAUUAAAAUCGAAAAAAACAGAGAAUUUAAAAAAGAUGACUAAAAAUAAACAAUUGAUUCCCGACAUUCAAAAA